GUGGUAUUUUUUAGGCAGUUUAAGUUUUGUACAAUGUUUUUUGUCUCGGGGUUUUUGUUAAAAAAUUAGCCAGAAAAACAAAGUAAAUAAGGAGUUUGCAGAUUGUGUGGCCAUGGAUUUGGUGGACAUUGAUCAGGUUUUGGAUAAUCUGGAACUGCGCAUUGCCGCCGAUGAGCAGUUGACCAGAAAUGCAGCUGCAGCCGCGAUUUCGACAGUUCCUGGUCGUUUUUUGGGCGAUGGAGCGAGUGCAACCAACAAUGGAGCAGGAGGUUCGGGAGCUGCAGGGAUGACACCAUCGCCUCAGGCAGCUCCGGCAUCUGUUAGCCUGCCCAAAACAUUUGUGGGCGUCUCCCAAGUCUUCAACAGCCUUGAUGACUACAGGGAAAAUGUGAAAUCCUUGGAGGUGGAUGCCCAGCUGCCCAGUUACGACUGGCAAACGGAGACGGAACACGAGGAUGACAUCCACAAGUUCAGUGAACAGGCGGCCAAAAAUAAGGGCCAAGCGAUAGUAUCCUCCUCCGAAUCCCUGACCACUUCGUCCUGUUCCACAUUUUCAUCGGGUCCUUCGCCGGUCAGCAAUGGCAGUCACUCGGAGGAGCUAACAACGCCCCCAGAAACCGAUAAACCAAGUGAAGUUCAGGUGGUGCCAAAGGAACAAGAUCAACCAACGGAACAAGCUAAAGAACAGAAUCAAAGUCAAGAUCAGGAGGUGAUUACAGACCGUGAUCAAUCCAAGGAAAAUGUAGAGGACCUGGCUGUUGGGCUGUCCUCUAUCUCAAUCACAGUUUCCGUCACAGAAUCGCAAUCCUUGUUGCCGGAAGAGGUCACAGCAUCGUCUGUUUUGGGACAGGUCCUGCAGGAGCUAUCGGAGAAGUCAUCGCCCAGUAGAGAACCCGAAACGGAGAUGACCAAUGGCUUCGAUGUCCCAGUACCCAUUGCAAAAGCUGCUGUCGCCGAAGCACCGCCCCUACAAGUGAAAGAGCAGCCGGCACAAAAAGAAGAUGAGGAUGAGGAGCAAGUCCAACCACAAAAUGCGCGGCGCAGUCAACCCCUGACCUUCUGUUCCACCAUGGAUGAGAUUUCCGACACAGAGCUAGACAGCAUGCUGCAAGAAAUGGAGGCAGAUGACAACCAGGAGGGAGAUCAGGAGAUGCCUGAGGAAGAGAAAUCCCCAUCCGCCUCACCAGUGACCGAAGAGGAGUCCGUGCGGAUACUGUCUGACGAACAGGAGACCACCUCCAACGACCAGAUGAACGUGGACAACUUCUCGCAAGCCUCCACCGUGGAGUUUGCCGAUCUGAAGCCACAGGAGUCCAUACCAGUCACCGCAAUGGGCGAGGAUAUAGCCUCUAGUUUCAGCAGCACAGAGUCGGAUUCGCUUUCGGGCAGAAAGCUAGAAGGCGAGGAGGAACAGGAGGCCGAGAGAGAACAGGAGGAUGCCAGCCUGGCCACUGAUGCGUUGGAAACCCAAGAGCAGCGUCCGCAGCGCCCGCAAACACUGGAUUUGAAUGGUUGCCAGGCAGGAAAUUCAACUUCAUCUCAAGAUGAAACCCCUGAAACCAACCAGGGAGAACCCAAGCCAGCCGAAGGCGUUGAAGGAGCAGCAGGAGCAGGUGUAAUACCCGGCGAAGAUGAUGAGGAGAGUCCCAUCUACGAGGCCGUGGGCUACAGCGAUCCGCAUGCCAACCUGGGCAAGGUGCCACCCAUUUGGGUGCCGGAUAAUAUGGCCGGUCAAUGUAUGCAGUGUCAGCAAAAGUUCACCAUGAUCAAGAGGCGACACCACUGUCGCGCCUGUGGAAAGGUCUUGUGCUCUGUUUGCUGUUCCCAGCGUUUCCGCCUGGAGUUUGCCAACGAGCCGGAGUCGCGGGUCUGCGUUCAGUGCUACAUGAUUCUGUCCGAGCGGCAGGCCAACGGAUUGGAAGCUGAGUCAGCUCCUGGUUCCGCCUUGCCGCCCACUCCCAUGCGUUCCCCAAAUCCCAACAACCCAAUGGAAUAUUGCUCUACAAUACCACCUCAUCGCCAGGUGGCCUCCUCACCAGGAGCUCCGCCACCCAGCGUAAUUGUGCCCGUGGGUGUGCUGAAGAAAACCGAUGGCAGCUCCUCUAACUCCUCCAGUUCGGAUGGCAAGAAGGGUGCCAGAAAGCGCAAGAGUGUUAUGUUCAGUGAUGGCAUUGCGCCGGGCAGCGAACUGGCCAGCACCAUGGAACAGCAGUGGGGCGAGGCCAAGCAGGCGAGGCGAGGGCUGUCCAGAAGUGGUUCAGGUGCUGGUCAGAAACCGCCAACGCCUGCGACAGAAGAGCCACCACGCAGCAUUGAUACCAGCUCUACACUGGGCUUGGUGGCACAGCUCUUUCGUGGUUCCAUUCCCCCAAGUGCAGCGGCUGCAACACUGGCAGCUACCGAAUCACCAAGCGCUGGUCGCUCCUCAUCCCAAUCGCAGGCUCAGACCUCGCCGCGGCGCAAGACGGAACCAGCGCGCAAUCGCAAACUUCCGCCGAACGCAGAUGCCCAAGGCUGCUAUCUGCCGGUCGAAGAGAACGCCCUGCCACCCAUUUGCAUAACUAGCAAAGAGGGCGGUGAAGUGGACUACAAGAUGGUGCGCAACGAUGGAUCGCUCCUGGAGCGAUUGCAGAAUGAAACGCUAAAGUUUAUCAUAAAGAAUAACUUCUAUGUGCUGGUCAAGAUUGUUAACAUGAGCUGCUGUAUGAAUCGCUGGGUGCUGAACUUCACCACAUCUGGACUACAUCACAUGGCCAGCGAUGAGCUGAUCAUUCUGCUGGAGAUUAAGCCACCGAAGCAGGGGGAGUCAGCCAAUGGCGAAGUGGCCAUCCCAAAGGACGUAUUUCAGCAUCUAAAUGAGAUCUAUGCGGAGGCGGAGCAUGCCCGAUCGAGCACCCAUGAAUUGGCUUUUACCAGUCCGCGUAACGCCAAUUUCCUCGGUUCCCGGGAGCAUGGCGGAUUCAUUUUUAUCCGGCCAACGUACCAGUGUCUGCAGGGCGUUAUUGUGCCAGACAAUCCCUACCUGGUUGGCGUGCUCAUCCAUCGUCACGAGGUUCCAUGGGCUAAGGUCUUACCGUUGCGAUUGAUCCUCCGUUUGGGAGCCCAAUACCGCUACUAUCCCUGCCCUCUUAUCUCGGUGCGCGGCAGGGAAUCGGUGUACGGAGAAAUAGCUCAAACUAUUAUCAAUUUCUUGGUUGAUUUCCGGAACUACUCCUACUCUCUACCGGCUAUCCGAGGAUUAUAUAUCCAUAUGGAGGACAGGCAGACAACUGUGAUUAUUCCAAAGUAUCGGCAGCAGGAUGUAAUCAAGGCAAUCAACAAUGCCAGCGAUCAUAUAUUGGCAUUUGCCGGUAACUUCUCAAAAGUGGCAGACGGACAUUUGGUGUGCAUGCAGAAUAUCAACGACGAUCGGUCUGAGAUGUACUCCUACUCCACGCAGGCCAUUAACAUUCAGGGUCAACCCAGGAAAAUAACAGGUGCGAGUUUCUUCGUCUUAAAUGAAGCCCUCAAGAGCAGCAGUGGUUUGUCGGGGAAAUGCAGCAUCGUGGAGGAUGGUCUGAUGGUACAGAUAAUGCCCGCUAAAAUGGAAGAAGUGCGUCAGGCGUUGCGCAACCAAAACGACAUCGAUAUCGUCUGCGGGCCCAUUGAUGCCACCGACGAUCAGAGUGAGAUCGUGAGCAUAAAGUGGGUGGACAAUAAUCGGGACAUUAAUGUCGGCGUUAAGUCGCCCAUUGAUGACCAACCCAUGGAUGGCAUUUCCAAUAUGCGUGUCCAUGCCAGCUUCAACUAUUCCAAUGCAAAUUAUGCCAUCCGCCUGAGUGAUAUCUACAUUGUCAAGUGCCAAGACUGGUAUGCCACAAAUGGUGGAAACUAUGCAGACAUAACUCGGAUUGCCGAGGAACUGGCUCGCAGCGCAUCGAUGGCCCUGCUGCCUUUCCUGGAUCUUUUGGUGGCGGCUGGGAUUAAUAAACUGGGUUUGAGAGCCACUCUCGACCAGGAAAAUGUUGGCUAUGAGGCCGGAGCUCGGGGCUCUAAACUACCGCCGCUGUACAUGAACGCCCUGGAUAACCAUCUGAUAGCCACGCUUCAUGGCGAAUCUUCUGGCAUUCAGGAUCCAAUCAUUCUCGAGCUGGUCUUCUACAUACUAAACGCCUGACUUUAGUCCCUUGUAGUGCAAUUCUCCUGCUGGUUUCGAAGCCCAAACGGAUACUUUCUUAACUCUAAGCUCGAAGCGAACAAAGCUUACAAAAACUACACGUGCCCAUGGGGCUUAUGAGGAGGAUAUAUAGUCGUAUUGUUGGCUCAGUUAACUGUGUAUAUAUUUAAGUAGCUCAUCGAUUGGUUUUUGUCUCAGCUUUUCUACGAUUUCCCUCCCUUUUCAUUUAAAAUGUUAUAUUAUUCCUGAAUUUUAUUUGUUUUGAGUUUUCAUUGAAAGUAAAAAGUAUCUAAGCAACCUAAA